GCUGAUGGAUACGAUGAGAUUUUGAUUGAGUACAUGACGUACUGGAUUACCCCGGAAGAGCUAGAAGUCAUUCGAAAACACGAUCUGAUUUGCUCACAGCCAACCGCACCGUCCAAUCAAAUAGCUCUAAAGUCAAAACCGGCGCAAUUUAAAACCAUCAGCGCAUCAGUUCAAGAACCGGUCGCAGACAUUGGGGCAGGAACCGUGAGUGAUCUAGAAGUUGACACGCACGCGAAGACACGCACACAGACUAAGACAUACACACAGAGAGAUACUGCACUAUCUACAGGUGUUUCUGUACAUAAAACUAUCCCUGGCCUUCCUGUUGCGGUGUGCGCAGAGGAUAAUGUGAUGGCUGUGGAGCUUACCGUACGCAGGUCCAAGCGGAAACGAAACUCUGUUGCCUCGUAUACCGGUAUUAGUCUAGGCCGGAAUACCGGUACGAACGAGAGUCGGGCGCGAGAACAGGGGCACAACAAGGUCAAGAAGAAAAAUACGCGCGUCGCUGGCCGAUCAGACAGAAUUAAAG